AUGCUUAUUAAGGAAUAUAGAAUACCCCUGCCUCUAACAGUUGAGGAGUAUAGGAUUGCCCAGCUUUAUAUGAUAGCAAAAAAAAGCAGAGAAGAAAGUUCAGGAGAAGGUAGUGGUGUAGAAAUUAUUGUGAAUGAACCUUAUGAGAAUGGUCCUGGAGGCAAAGGACAGUAUACACAGAAAAUCUAUCAUGUAGGAAGUCACUUACCAGGAUGGUUUAAAAGCUUACUUCCAAAGUCUGUGCAAACAGUGUCAGAAGAGGCUUGGAAUGCUUAUCCAUACACAAAGACAAAAUAUACUUGUCCAUUUGUCGAAAAGUUCUCUCUUGAGAUUGAGACUUAUUAUUUUGGAGACAAUGGCCACCAAGAGAAUGUUUUUAAAUUAAGUGGCAGUGAUUUAAAAAGUCGAAUAGUGGAUGUAAUAGAUGUUGUUAAAGAUCAACUUUAUGGAUCUGACUAUAUCAAAGAAGAAGAUCCAAAACUGUUUGUGUCACAAAAAUGUAAGAGAGGACCUCUUACCGAAUCUUGGUUAGAAGAUUAUUGGAGGGAAGUUCAAGGUAAACCUCAACCUUUGCCCAAUGGUAAAUCACUUAUGUGUGCCUAUAAACUUUGUAAAGUCGAGUUUCGUUACUGGGGAAUGCAAACUAAGCUUGAAAAAUUCAUUCAUGAUGUAGCUCUGAGAAAAACAAUGCUUAGAGCACAUCGGCAAGUAUGGGCCUGGCAAGAUGAGUGGCAUGGUUUAACUAUGGAAGACAUUCGUGAAAUUGAAAGACAGACACAGUUAGCAUUAAAGAUGAAGAUGGCUGGGGAAACCAAUGAAGAAGCAGAUCAAAUAUCUGAAGACAACUCUAAAUCUCUAGCAGCAACAAUGAGUAGCCUGGAAAAGAAUGAAGAAUUAGCAACACCAAUAUCUACAAAAAAAACCAAUUCUGAAGUACAUGCCCAAAUACAUCUAUCUCCUGAAGGCUCCCCUGCAACUGAUCAAAAAAGUUCCUCUAAAACUAAUAUCAGGUCCUCAUCUACGGGAUCUCUUAAAAACUUACAGACUCAGGUUGCAAAUUGGAGAAUGGAAACAUUAGUUAGAGAAUCCGAAACAGAAACAGGAUCAGAAGAGGAUGAAUUCUAUGAUUGUGAAAGUUCCUUUAAUAAAUGGUCUUCAUUGUGUUCACUUGAUGAAGCAGAUAUUGAUAUAUCUCCAACUCAAGGUGAUCAGAGUCAAGAAGAUAGCAUUUUUAAUCCUUUAUUCUUAAAAAGAGUGACAUCUGAAAGAGGCUCUCGCAGAAUAGUAGCUUUACAUAGUCAUCCAAGUAUAGAUGGUUGUCCUGAUACACCAGUGCAUGGUUCUUGCCCCACAACCGUCUUAUUGCUGGUUUUUCAUGCCGGGAGUGUUCUUGAUGCUAAUAUUGACAUGACAGCAAGAAAAUCUGAUGUAACUACUUUUAAAGGAGCCUUUGAAUCUGUAAUGCGGCAGCAUUAUCCUACACUGGUAGGACAUAUUGCAAUUAAAUUAGUUUCCUGUCCAUCAAUUUGUACGGAAGCAUUAGGAGUAAUGUCCACAUUAAGCCCCUACAGCUUUGACUGUUCACCUUCAACCAUAGAGACACCAUCAUUAACAAAUGACCUAAUACCUAUUGGUGCAAUACCAUUAAUAGCAACAUCAUCUCCAGAAUAUUCGGAACAUGUUACUAAAACUAUAGUUUCCGCGAAUGCAGUUUACAAUGAAUUUAUAAAGUCUGAAGAUGGAAAAGGAUUUUCAGGACAAGUAUGCAUAGUUGGAGACAGCAUGGGGUCAUUGCUUGCCUAUGAUGCUUUAUGUAGAAGUAUACAAUACCAAUCUCGGCAUGAUAGUGAAACUAGUAUAUUGGAUACUGAAAUUUUGAUUCCAAAUGAGCCUACGGAGCACUAUUUAAAUAAGUCGCACCUUCAAGCGCCAACACCUAGGAGGAGAUCUUCUACUGCAAGUGAUAAUCAAACUAAACUAGAAUUUGAAGUAUCUGAUUUGUUCACAUUUGGUAGUCCACUAUCCCUUAUAUUAGCAUCAAGAAAAAUUUCCGACGAUAAAACGCGUGAUAUUACGAAGCCUCCCGUCCAGCAAGUAUAUAAUUUAUUCCAUCCAACAGAUCCUGUUGCGGCCAGACUAGAACCUUUACUUUCAGCAAGAUUUACGAACCUACCUCCUAUAAACGUUGCACGAUAUGCCAAGUAUCCCCUAGGUAACGGCCAGCCGUAUCAUUUGAUGGAGUUAAUACAAAGUCACCCAACUUUAUUUGGAGAUCAUUUACAAAUGCCUCCAACACCAAUUUUAAGAAGACUUUCAGAGGCAUCUGUACAAAGUACGGUAAGCGGUUUAGCUGACAAUAUACCACUUAUAACGAUGAACGCACUUCAACAAAAGUGGUGGGGUUCGAAACGCCUUGAUUAUGCUCUGUACUGUCCUGAAGGCUUAUCUAAUUUCCCUACAAAUGCUUUACCACAUUUAUUCCAUGCUAGUUAUUGGGAAAGUUCGGAUGUCAUAGCUUUCAUAUUACGACAAGUAGGUCAUUUCGAUUUGGCUUUAUAUAGUCACAGCGAAGAUAAGGAUUCAAGCCUGUUCAAUCCAGGCCAAGAUAAAGAAAAAUGGAUCAAGAAAAGAACGUCUGUAAAGUUAAAAAACGUCGCUGCAAAUCAUCGCGCAAAUGAUGUGAUUGUUAAAGAAGGCUGCCCACAAACGUUUACAGCUCGAUUUAUGUAUGGUCCGUUAGAUAUGAUUACGCUAACGGGAGAGAAAGUUGAUAUUCAUAUGAUGAAAGAUCCACCAGGAGGUGAAUGGAACUUGUUGGAAACUGUUGUGACUGAUAAAACUGGAAGAAUCACUUAUACGUUAACUGAGAAACAAAGCGUUGGAUGUGGCAUUUAUCCAUUUAGAGUUGUGGUUCGAGGUGAUCAUACGAGUUGCAAUUUUCAUCUCGCUGUUGUACCACCUCAGACGGAAUGUGUUGUUUUUAGUAUUGAUGGAUCUUUUACUGCCAGUGUUUCGGUUACGGGUAGAGAUCCUAAAGUACGAGCAGGGGCAGUAGAUGUCGUACGUUUCUGGCAAGACUUGGGAUUUCUGAUACUAUACAUUACCGGUCGCCCUGAUAUGCAACAGCGGAAGGUUGUUUCAUGGUUAGCUGAGCACAACUUUCCGCAUGGGCUUGUAUUCUUUUCGGACGGACUAUCGACGGAUCCUCUGGGCCAUAAAGCGGCCCACUUGAAUAAUCUCAUCAAUGAACACGGUGUCAUUCUUCACGCUGCUUACGGUUCUGGGAAAGAUAUAAGUGUGUAUUAUAAUUGUGGAUUAACUCAUAAGCAAAUAUAUGCUAUUGGAAGGAUAAGUAAGAAAUACACCAACUUAGCGACGCCUUUGAGUGAAGGUUAUGCAUCUCACUUGGCUGAUUUGAAGCAACCGGGAGCUGUGAGAGCUGCCAGAGGCAAUGCUCGAUUGUUAGUUCCUCGUCGACUCCUAGCCCCCGUAAGUACCGCGUCCGUUGUUAAAGCACGUCGUUAA